CCGGGAAGGGGAGGGACUCCGACGACAAGUCUGGGGCGCUGCUGUGCUACUUAGAAGGCUGCACCAGUGCAACGUUUUAUCCUAAAUACUCGAUCCUGUGCUUCUUGUUGUUUUUCUUUUUUUUAUUGUUUAAGUAACAGAGAGUCCCGCUGCAAAGCAUCACGGCUUCUAUUUUUUUUUGUCUUAACAUCGCCCGGUUCUGCCCGGCCCGGCCUGUACGCUGUGUAUGUGCAGAGGGGGGGGCUAUAGCGCAGGCUAAUGGCAGCCGGGUUUAUUACUGCUCCAAACGUACGCUAAGUUGUCGGUGAACUUUGUCACAUUUCGGAGCCAUGUCCGUCCUGCUAUUGGUGAGAAACGGCAGGAGAGCGAUAUCGGUAAUCGGCGGGGGGCGCAGAGGCACCGACGCACUUUCAGGAGUUCAUUCGGCUGCGCGGCGCUUCAUCAUAGAUAUGUCCUACUCAGCGCACUUCAUGGAUUUUAAAGGAUCCUCCAUACCGAGCAGUAUGAAAAAGCUGGUCGUAAACAAGCUUAGUCCGAAUUUCAGAGAGGCCGUCUCUAUGCAAACCGUUGCGGUUCCGACACCCGGAGACGCGGACUUGCUCGUCAGAAAUCGUUUUGUGGGAAUCAACGCCUCAGAUAUUAAUUACUCAGCAGGUCGUUACGACCCCUCUGUGAAGCCCCCGUUCGAUGCCGGUUUCGAGGGUAUUGGUGAUGUUGUUGGACUCGGCCUUAGCGCCAGCUCCCGUUACACCGUCGGGGACACUGUGGCCUACUUCGGCAGCGGUGCAUUUGCUGAGUACACGGUGGUGCCAGCCAAGGAAACUGUGCCUGUCCCAGCGGUCAAGCCAGAGUUCCUCACCCUCCUGGUCAGCGGUGCCACAGCCCACAUCGCCUUGAAACGUCUGGGCGACCUGGUCAAAGGUGAGACGGUGCUGGUCACGGCGGCCGCAGGAGGAACAGGACAGUUUGCAGUGCAGUUUGCCAAACAGGCCGGUUGUCAUGUGAUUGGGACCUGUUCAUCCAACGAGAAAGCCGGCUUCCUAAAAUCCAUAGGCUGCGACAGGCCAAUCAACUAUACCACAGAAGACCUGGCAAAGACGCUGAGGAAAGAGUACCCGAAAGGCAUAGAUGUGGUGUAUGAGUCAGUCGGAGGCAGUGUCUUUGACGUCGCAGUGAACAAUUUGGCCAAUAAGGGUCGGCUGAUUGUGAUUGGCUUCAUCUCAGGGUACCAGACCGCAUCAGGAAUCCCAGCAUUCAGAGGGGGAACACUACCGGUUAAGCUGCUCCAGAAGUCGGCCAGCAUUCGGGGUUUCUUCCUGCCCCACUUCCUCAGUGACUACAGGGAAGCUCUGGGUAGCAUGGUGCAGAUGUUUGCCAAGGGGAAGCUAGUGUGUGAGGUGGAUCAUGGUGAAAUGGCACAGGAGGGCAGGUUCACAGGCUUGGAGUCAGUCUUCCGGGCCGUGGACUACAUGUAUGCUGGGAAGAACCUGGGCAAGGUGGUGGUGGAUGUGGCACCACCCUCCGUUAGCAAUAGUAAGCUGUGAUUUACCUGAUUGUUAAUGCAUUAAAAAUCAUACGUGAACUGCUGAAUGUAGUAAUUAAAUUAUUUUUAAUGGAGACUAUAUGUUCUUUAUUUUUGUAAGGUGAUUGAUAUAGCAUUAUACAUAAAGCUACACAAUAUUUUUGAUGAAUAAAGCUAAUUAAAAACUUUAUUUUUUUGCCAUUAUAGUUUUUGAGAUUAUAUGUAAUAUAAAGGUAUUAUUUUUAUUAUUUAUGUGAGGAAUUAGCAGUCCCUCGUUUGCAAGAGUGGAUCUAAUAUGAACAAAAUCUGAAAAUGAAUAACUAUGCAUUGAUGAUAAUUUUGCACAAAUAUUCAGAUUAAAAAUCAGAAGCUGUAGCUUCUGUAAUUUCA